UUGGUGCAAGUCGGUGCCCUCUGCCCAAACCAGCCCUGAACUGUUUCAUUAUACAUUAUCAAUCUUGUAUCGGGGUUUGUUAUCUCAACAAGCGUUUUGGAUAGCAAAGUAAUCUAUACGUUUACUCGAUAAUUUCGAGCGCCCAAUAACCAAUGAGGCUUAAAAGGUAGUAAUUUAAAUAAUUAAAACACCUCCCUGUAAUAAAAUAAAUAUAAAUAAAUUCAAUCAAAAUGCGUUUUAUCUGUGUCGUAUCGAGGCCUUCGCCGGCUAUUGCAAUGGCAUAAAAAAGGACCGGACUCUAUGAAACGUCGCUGUCCUUUGUUUCCAUCAAGGUAAUCGUAUAGAUUACGCUUUAAUUUGUACACCCUUUUCAAUCUCCCGAUGAUUAAUUCGAUGAGCCUGUUGUCUUUCCACGGACGGAGACUGAUUUAUCUCUGCAUAGUCAUUCUCAUUGUCUAUGCUGUUGUGCAUUUCCAAACGCAAAAGGAGAUCAACACUGACAGAGCGGCUCAGUUGGAGCAAAUAUCAAAAGCAAUCCAGCAAACCAACCUAAAUUCACAUCUAUGGAAAGGAAGGCAAGCAUGUCGACAUCCAAAUCUAGACGUGAACAAUACAGAGUUGAUGAAAUUUGUCAAGGAUGAGGGCCCUAUCAUAUGCUCGGGUGAAAAAGACUGGGUUGAGAUAACUGGCAACCGUGCUGUCAUUACCAAUGAAGCAAAAGAAAAGCACGGUCGUGUCGAAUGCUCUUUUACCGAUAUUUUAAGAACCAACGACUUUACAACGCAUGUUGGGCUUACGACAAGGACUCACACGGAGUACAACCUCGAAUCGAGCGAUUUUGUAAGGGUUGAUUGUUAUGGUGAUUCUGGUAAAAGAUGGAGUAGCAUUAUGGCCGGGGCUCGUUACGACCAAGACCUUAUGGACCAGACUGGUUGGCAUUUGCUGCCUAAAGAUGCGAUGAAACUGAACGUGCUUAUGUUUGGUUUUGAUUCCAUAUCUCGUAACACUUUUUUACGCAAACUACCUCAAAGCUACAAUUACUUGACAAAAGUGCUCAAUGCGGUCGUACUGGAGGGCUAUAAUAUCGUUGGUGAUGGAACCCCUCAGGCACUCAUCCCGAUACUCACAGGAAAAACGGAAUUAGAACUUCCUGAUACAAGGAAAAGAAUGGGGUCAAAAGCUACUUAUGUUAAUGCUUAUCCAUUUAUUUGGAAAAAUUUCAAGGAAAAUGGAUACAUUACAGGGUUCAUGGAGGACACACCAAGAUUUGGAAUAUUUACAUACAGGCUGAAAGGUUUUGAUGACAGUCCGACUGAUCAUUAUAUGAGGCCGUUUUAUAUUGAUGCCGAAUCCACUUAUGACCAGUACAGCGACUACUGCAUAGGCUCCAUACCCCGCCAUAAGGUGAUGCUGGAUUAUCUCAAGCAUAUCUACAGGGUGUAUAAAGACAGGCCGAAAUUUCUUUUUGGCUUUCACGGAGAGAUUUCGCAUGACAGCUACAAUCUUGUUGGUGCUGCAGAUGGUGACUUGAAAGAAUGGAUGGAGUGGCUGAAGAACAACGGCCACCUUAACAAUACUCUUCUUGUCAUAAUGAGUGACCAUGGCCACAGGUUUGCGGAAAUUAGAAAUACUCAACAAGGCAAAGUUGAGGAGAGGCUUCCUUGGUUUUCAUUUGUGGUGCCGCCGUGGUUUGAAAAGGCUUAUCCGCAGGCAUUUGAAAACUUACAUAAAAAUUCACGAAGGCUCACGACCCCGUUUGACAUCUAUUCAACCUUCUUUAACGUACUCCAUCCAACUGACUUUGGGAAGGGCGAUCUAGGGCAGCGUAGUAUAUCUCUGUUCAAAGAGGUGCCUUUAGAAAGGACAUGCAUGGAUGCUUAUAUUGAACCACAUUGGUGUGCUUGUUUGGAUUGGGAGAGUGUGGAUAGAAAUGAUCCAAUUGUCCAAAGAGCAGCAAGGGCUUAUGUAAAAUUCAUGAACAAAUAUAACUCGGAAUUUACUGAUGAAUGUGCUGAAUCACAGUUACAUGAGGUGCUUUGGUCAGCACGUCUUGUUCCUUCUCGAGCAUUGAGGAAAUUCCACUCGAGCGCGGACAAAGACGGCUUCGUGCCUAAUAUGAGUGCUGAUACUCCUGUUACAAUAGUUAUGUACCAGCUCAAAUUGACCACACUACCUGGACGUGGCAUUUUUGAGAUGUCCCUCACACACGACAUAUCACAAGACGAGUUCAAAUUCCGGAUUGGAGACGUUAGCCGGAUAAACGAGUAUGGUGCACAGUCAAGGUGCAUCGAGCAGACAUUUGAACAACUAAGGAAAUUCUGCUACUGUAAAGACUCUUUUUAAUUCUGAUCUGACCUUAAGUUACAAACAUACUCCUAUGUGAGCAUAAAAUUUAACUUAAUAAUAGAAUAAAUAAAGAGGCUCGUGCAGGACAAUUAUGAAGGUUUCAUUGUUCCAAGUGCUCAAAAGUCACUACUAUGAUUGCUUUGAAUGUAGGAUAGUUGAUAAAUUUUAAAAAGCUAUGUUGCCAAAUAUUUUAGUGUUUUCGAAGGUGUUGAUCAAUUGAAAUAACACUAAAGGGUGAAUGAUCUUGGACAAGCUUAAGAUUUAAAUUUACUACUUUUUCUUUAUUUAUGUAGAUACACUUAACUGUUGCUACAAAAUUUACUUUCAGUGCUUCAAUUUUAUUUGAUAUAAAAAAAUAUAGAAUUAAAUAGUGAUUAACGGUAGACAUGUUAUUAUAUCGCUGAUAGUUGAAUAGUUUGAACUAUUAAACUUUUUUUCUAUUGUGAUUGUUUAACAGUAAGUCGUAUACAUAUUUGGUUUAGAAAUUACACUUUUGAAUUAUCAGUUUAGUGUGUAACCAUUUGCCUUUGUGACCUAUGUAAACAAAAUGCAUUUAAAUCAAAUAUUUUUCAACUAUAAAAUCAAAAUUUAUAUAUUUAAAAUUAAGUUACAAAUUGCCUUAUUUACUAUCAUUAUGUGUAUUUUAAACUAUAUUUGCAAAGUUGAGUAAAAUUUGAAUUAACAAUAAGUAUGUCAAAAAGGUGGAUUACACCUUGAAAACUAGUAAAAUCAAAACCCUCUUUGAUAAUUUUAUCAAGUAAGUAUCCAAAUGCCAAAAAAAUUGUACCAUUUUCUUAAGAAAUGAAAUCUUAAUAAUUGGUGAUAAAUUAAAACGAAUGUUUCAUUUAUAUGAAUAUAUUACAAACUUUUCCUAAUUAUUUCUUGUAUUAUAAGUUAAAUAAUUACAAAUCCUCGUGUUUGUAUCAGAAUCUCAUUUUUUUAGUUUCUGUUAUUUUUUGUUUAGUUACCUUGUAAUUGUUUAAAAAAAAGGAAUCUCAGUGUAUAUUUAUU